AUGGAACCAGCUUGUCGCUGCUCAUCAAAAACCAGUUUUUCCAUCUUCCCAAUUGAUCAGCGGCAGCAGCAGCACCAUCACCAGGAUCACUCACCAUCGCCACCAUUGCUAAAAUCCCAGCAGGACGAAUGUAGAAUCUGCCUAGAGGAAGACGAGGCUGGGAAUCUCGAAAUCCCGUGCUCUUGCUGCGGCAGCUUGAAAUAUGCUCAUCGAAAGUGUGUGCAGUGCUGGUGCAACGAAAAAGGGGACACCAUCUGCGAGAUUUGUCAGCAGCCUUUUAAAGGCUACACAGAGCCAGUCCGUCCUGCCGCUCCUGUUGCUCUCCCCGAUGACCACUCCAGGAACGUCGAAUGGAGAAGCCACUAUCAGCUUGAUCCUCGAAUCAUGGCAAUGGCUGCCGAGCGUAACUUCAUCCAGGAAAUCGAUGACUACGCGGCUGCAAAUGCUUCCGGAGCUGCCUGUUGCCGUUCUACUGCAGUCAUCUUGAUGGCACUGCUGCUACUUCGUCUCACGCUGGCUCUUGGUGCCGCCGGGAGCGACGGCGACGCCUCCACUUUCUUUACGCUCUUCUUUUUCGGCGCCGCAGGAUUUCUUCUGCCUUGUUACAUAAUGGCUCGAGCGAUGAACAUCUUGCGGCGACGGCGGCAGCAACAGCUUGGUGACCCUUGUGUGGAAAUCCACGUUCGCACUUAAGUUGGGAAGUGUCAUAACUCUCAGGAAUGGAGCUCUACCUCGGCUGCCAGAAGCCUCCAAAUUCUCGAUCCAUCACCAUCUCAGUCGCAUCGUAUUCCAUUUCUCAACUUGCUUGCAUCUGCCCGGGGAUGAAAAGGUUUUGGCGAACAUGUAAAGAAGAAAAACAUGAAAGAGGUUGAUCUAUGGCU